AAUAUUAUACAUAAUCUACAUUUGAUAUAUGUAAACAAUUGUUCAUUGUUUAAUAAUUUAUACUAUAUUUAAAAAGUAAAAUGUUAUUUUACAUUGCUUCCAAUUAAUUUAUUCUUAUUUAUUUUAUGUUAAAUAGAUAAAAGUGUUUUUUUUUUUGAGGGAAUUUUUUGUGACAAUUAAAGUGUUUGGAAAUUAUCGCCAAUAUGAAACGAACAAUGACAGACGAUAGUCGAGAUGCAAAACGUUCGUACAUUGUAAAACAAGAAGGCGGUGGAGGAGUAACAUUUUCAUAUGAUCCAUAUAUUGGUUAUUCAACAUCAACAUCGUCGACUGUUAAUCAACCAUUACCAGGACAACCACCAUUACCACCAAUGCCACCACCAGUACCACCUCCACAUCAUGUAUUUGUCACACCACAAGCAGUAAAUCCACUUCAAACAUGGACACAUCCACCUCCACCACCAUGGCAAUGGUUAGCUCAACAACAGGCCUUAUCAUCACAAGCUGUUCGCGAUAUUACCACUAAUUUUUCACGUGAAAUUCCAAUAAGAGGAAAUUUCAUCAAACGUGAACGUUUUAAUAGUAAUAAUACAACAAAUACUAAUAAUGGUCACAAUAGAAAUAUUAUUUAUAAUCAAAGAAAUAAUUUUCAUCGUAAUAAAAGAAGAACACAAAGAUUUGAUUCGCCACAGGGAAAAAUUGAACAAACAUAUUUUGAUGUUACAACAGUUCCAACAUCAGUUGCUUCAAAUUUAAUUAAUAAUUUAAAAACAAAUCGAAUUGAAGAUACUGAUAUGAAAACGGAAGAUGAAAGAAUAAAGAAAAAUAAACCACGUAAGCCAAUGUCACAGAGUUAUCCAAGUCGUCCUUGGAAUCGUGAGGACGCUGAACGUGCAUUAUCAAUUGAAAGUGAAUAUAAUAAAACAGUUAAGGCACAAAGUUUAAUUAUUAAAUUUCCCGAUCCUGAUUUAAAUAAAGAAAUAGUACGUGAUUUUCAUCCGGGUAUACAAAAUAUACAUUUUCAAAGUCCAAGUGGUCCGCGUUAUUGUUUUAUUCAAAUGGCUGACAAUGUUAAUAUUGAUGAGGCAAUUAGAGAAUUGGAAAAAGUAUCAUUUGGCAUUGGUCAUUUAAAAGUUGAAAGAAAAUCAUUAAGGGACGAUGAUAAUCCAAUGCCAGAGGAAAUUGAUCCCUAUACAUUGUAUAUUGGAAAUUUACCCGAAUCAGUUAAUGUUAAUGAAGUGAAAAGUAAAUUUACAACCGCAGCAAGAGUUGAUGUUGGUUAUGCACAAAAAAUGAGAAAUACGAGGUACGCUUUCAUUCGCUAUAAUAGCGUUGAUGAAUCAAUAUCUGCUUAUAAACAAGCACACGAUUUAAUGUGGGAUACAAGAAGUAUAAUUGUUCGAUUUAGAAGACAAAGGGGAAAUACAAAUUUACCGGGUGAACAAAAAAAUUUAAAAAAAGUACGCGAUGAAUUGACAAUUGAUAAAGAAGAGGAGCAAAAUAAUAUUAAAGAUAAUGAAAUGAAGAAGAAAAAUGAAGAUUUUACUGGUUCUGAAAAACUCGAUUCUUCAGUAUUAAACACUUCGUUAUUAAAGGAAACGAUAGACUGUGAUAUUUCAAUGACACAGGAGGAAAAAGAUGAAACUAAUGAAUUACUUACACAAAUAAAAGAGGAGCCACAAGAUUAUGUGGAAAUUGAUAUUCAAAAUAAUAACGAUGACGAUGAUGAUGACGAUGAUGAUGAUGAUGAUGAUGACGACGACGAUGACGAGGACGACGAGGAACAAGAAAUUGAUGAUGAAGAUGAAAUAAAUGAUAAUGAGGACAAAGAUGACGAUGACGAUGACGAUGAUGAUGAAGACGAAGAGAAAAUAAACUUUUCUACUUGUAAUGAUGAUAUUAUUACAGCAAGGAAUGUUAAAAAAGGAUCAGAAGAAAAAAAUGCAACCGGUAUACAGUCAGAUCAUUUGGAUCGAAUAUUCUCCGAUCUCGAAAAUAUUGCUAGCGAUAUUUCCUUGUAAAAAAAAAAAUUUUAUAUGGAAUUUUUUUUUAAUUUAAAUGUAAAUACAAUGAAUUGUUUCAUAUAUGAUCUCUCUCUAUAUAUCUAUCGAUUAUAAUAAAAUAAAAUAUAGAAAUAUUUCUGUAUAAUUUAAGAAUUGUAAUAAUAGUGAAAUAGUUGGUAAAAAUUUUAUGUAAAUGUAUGAUAAUUUUUAAUCACUUAAAAAUAAUAACAAAAGGCGUAGAUUUUAUUUAAAAAAUUUUUUUCUAUGUUAUAUAUAUAUAUAUAUAUAUAUAUACACUGAUAAAUACGAUUUAUAUAUUUUUUUAUUAAUGAAAAAUAUCUUUGAUAUUUAGUAAAUUAAAGUAUAAAUUCAUAGGGUAAGUGUACCAAUUACGGUGAGUUCAUAAAAAAUAACUAUUAUUACUAUUAUAUUUAAUAUAACUGUUGCAAAAUGAUUUUGAUCUUUUUUUGAUACAAUUAUUUAUAAAGAUGUACAUUUAAACAAUUAUUAAUUUAAUUAUUUGAGAUCAAAUUUUUUCCCUCGCCAUAAUUGAAACAUUUUUAAGAUUUCCAUUGGCUUCAAUUACGUUAGGCAAAGUAUCUUCAAAAUAAACGUAAUUUUGGUCAUCCAAAAUUGAUACACCCAAACUGAUACAAACGCGACGUAAUAGAAAAUUACGGUAUUAGUUUUAAUUUCUCAUAUAUGUUUAAAUAAUCGAUUUUUAUAAAGUUAAAUUUUUUUUUAAUAUCUAAAUAACAAGCUUUUAGUUUAAUAAGUUUCAAAGGUAUUUUGACUCGAAUCGCGCCGUAAUUAGUACAUUUACCCUAUGUUUUUUCUGUAGAAAGAAACCGAAAAAGCAAAAAAUUAUAGGUUAUGUUUAUGAUAGUUUUGCCUUUAUUGGGCUGUGUACCUAUUUUUGAUUUUGUUAGAUCAAAAAUUAUUCAUUAUUCAUCAUUAAUAUAAAACAACCUUUUUUUCAA